AUGUCUGGCCGUGGAAAGGGUGGAAAGGGUCUCGGAAAGGGCGGUGCCAAGCGUCACCGCAAGAUUCUUCGCGACAACAUUCAGGGUAUCACGAAGCCCGCCAUCCGCCGUCUUGCUCGCCGUGGUGGCGUGAAGCGUAUCUCCGGUCUUAUCUAUGAGGAGACCCGUGGCGUGCUCAAGAUCUUUCUUGAAAACGUCAUCCGCGACAGUGUCACGUACACUGAGCACGCGAAGCGGAAAACUGUGACGGCGCUGGACGUGGUAUAUGCGCUGAAGCGCUCCGGGCGCACGCUCUAUGGGUUCGGCGCAUAG